UGGGGGUGGGAGGUCCGCAGGUGUGGUUUUAGGACAUUUUCAGUGUUUGGAUCAGUUGCGCUCACUUUAUUCCUUCCAUAAAAUGUUAUUUAUCCUACAGGAUGAUGUCUGCCUGGGAAGGGAAAGAGAUCUCUGGGAUAGCUACGGGGAUGAAAGAAUAAAAUAUCAGUGUCAAUAUCAAAAAACUUUUUCUAUAAAGGAAAAUGGAUAAGGUGUCCCAGCUCCUCAUGAGCCCGUUCUGCUUCGGGCUCUGCGCCCCAAUCUGGCCCAAACCUACGUCUGGCCCCUGGGAGAUGCUCCUGAACAGGGGAGGGCUCAGCCACCCAAAUGUGUGGGUGUUACCGAGCGCACUCUGUUCGGUCUCCGACAGGUGAGUGGGCGGGGCUUAGAAUGAAACACUACGCGUGCGUAGCAAAGGAUCUUCGGAGGGCUCGGCAGAGGCAACUUUAGUGUCGCAAAAUCAGGAGUGGUCACGUGAGCUCUCGCUGGCCCUGCGCCUACGCAGGACGACAGGACGUGCUUGACGACUGCUGCUGUCUCCUGUUGCCGUGGUGACGCGGGAGUGCUUGACGGUCUUUGGGUAAGGAGGCUACUGAGAGGGUUCUGAUACCUCGUGGGGUGGUUAGAGAGCAGUCUCCGUAGGUAGCCCUUGAGCCGGAGCCUCCGAGGGAAGUCCCGGUGGGCUUGGAGGCCGGGACCGGGGAUCGGGCCGGGAAAUUCUGUCCGAUCCCAAUUGGGCCCCGGAAGUGGGGCUAAUAAUAGCUCGCAGGUGGCAAAGCGCUUUACGGACCCUGCCUCGUGGUCCUCCCGACUCCCUGUGAGGCAGAGGUUCCCUUAUUGUCUUUUUAUAAAUGAGCAAACCGUGGCGUAUCGUUGGAGCGCAUGGCUUCUGAGCCCUCGGAUCUUUCUGGCUCUACCCUCAAGGCGCUUUUCCCUGGGUGGGCGGCCAAGUCCGUACGCCCGGACGGCAGCGAGGGUGUGAGCGGGUCUGCGGGCACUUCGGAAGCACCUACCGUGUGCCCGGCCCUGAUGCGUGCUCAGCGCCGGCGACACCACGAAAAGCAAAAACAGUUGUUCCCAUGAUGGAGGCUGCGUGCAGACAACGUGGUUACCGUUCUUGUUACCAUUGGGAUAAACUCGAGAUCCCACGGGGGUAGGCGCUGGCUCCUUGAGGAACCGGGACAGGCUUCUUGUGCCCACUCAGUGCAUAAAGGGGCUUCGCUGCCCCUCUGGUCCUGGGCAGGGAGCACACAAUGCUGUUUCCUACUCUCCCCCUCUCCCGCUCUCCCCACCUGCCCCAGUCUCUGCUCCGGGCAUUUUUCCCGGCCGCCUGCCACUCCCUCUCUCUUAGGUUGUCUGAAGUGGAAACUAAAACCUACCUUCUGCAGGGAGCCUCCCCAUCACACUUCCCCCUCCUCGUUAUUUACUGUUUGUGCGCUCGGUAGCUUGUUUUCAGGUGGUUGCCCUCGAGGGCGGGCGCUGUCUUUUGCCAUUUUUUCCACAGCCCCAGCAUUUAACCCAGUGCAGGUAUGGAGCCCAACCUGAAUCUGUGAUUGUUGAUUGAAUGAUGGAGACGUGGGAGAGAUCCCGAGGUCUCUAGGUGGGCUUUUGGCCCCUCUUUACAGCUGAAGAAUCUGAGGCCCUUGCAGGCUGGGGUCUGAGUUAUCCACUAGUUAAGGAGCCUUAGAAGAUGGCAGAAGCAGUCUUCCAUGCCCCCAAAAGGAAAAGAAGGGUUUAUGAGAGUUAUGAAUCACCGUUUCCCAUCCCUUUCUGUCAGGAGGUUACACUUCAAAAAGAUUUCAAAAUAUAUCGUGCUGAAAUUAUCAACAAUAAUGUAAUUGUAAGGAAUGCAGAGGCUAUUAAACAGUUAUAUGGUAAGGGUUAUUUUGGAAAAGGCAUUCUAUCAAGAAGUCGACCAGACUUUACUGUUUCAGAUCCUGCACUGGUUGCCAAAUGGAAAGAUGCUAAGCUGGGCAUGCCUAUACUUACAUCAAAGAGGUACCAGCGUGGUAUAACAUGGGCUGCAAGUCUCAUGCAAAGACAGGGGCAGGAAGAAAGUUCAGUACAUAAAAUUCUUGAGGACUAUACAAAACCACUUGAAUUUCCUUUUCUGAAAAGAAAUAAAGAAGAGCAACAAAAUAAUGAACUUAAUCCUAACUUGGAUCCAGAAAUUGAAAAUAUAGAACAUAAAGCAAAACUUUUAGUCACAAAUGGAGAUUCUGUCAAACCAGAUAUAGAAGAUGAGAACAAAAGCUCAAGCUCUGAGAGCAUGGACUCAAAGGAAUGUUCUGUACAUGAUCCAUUAGAUAAACAUGACUCUGACGAACAAAAGGCAAGGGAUGGUGAUGCUUUUGGACAGACACACUAUCUCACACACGGAGAUUUUGUCACACUUGACUGUCAACCUGAAGAUCGUGUUCAACAGAGGCAUCAUAUGUUUGACACAGAUGAAGAAUGUGAUGAUCAUGAGUAUGUGCUUGUUCAAGAAACAACAGAUUGUUUAGAUAAUAAGGAGGAAACAGCAGAUGAGAAAGUGGUCAAAAGAGAAAAGCUAGUGUGCAGAAGAAAUCCAUAUAGGAUCUUUGAAUACUUACAACUCAGCCUAGAAGAGGCAUUUUUCUUAGUCUAUGCUUUGGGGUGCUUAAAUGUUUACUAUGAGGAGGAGCCUUUAACAAUAUUGAAACUGUGGGACGCUUUUCAUCUAGUUCAGCCCACAUUCAGAACAACAUAUAUGGCAUAUCACUACUUCCGAAGUAAGGGCUGGGUGCCCAAAGUGGGACUCAAGUAUGGAACAGAUAUCUUACUCUACCGAAAAGGCCCACCUUUUUACCAUGCAAGUUAUUCUGUCAUUAUUGAGAUGGUUAAUGAUAGUUUCGAAGGAUCACUUCGGAGACCUUUCAGCUGGAAGUCAUUGGCCGGGUUAAAUAGAAUUACAGCUAAUGUCUCCAAGGAGCUUAUGUUGUGCUAUUUGAUUAGACCCUCUAACAUGACUGACAAGGAAAUGGAAUCCCCAGAAUGUUUGAAAAGAAUUAAAGUUCAGGAAGUAAUCCUGAGUCGUUGGGUUUCUUCCCGUGAGCGAAGUGACCAAGAUGAAAUUUAACACACAAGCCAAAAAUCCAAGUUCUUAAUUCACUAACAGUUAUUUACUGAACAGCAAUUAUGUGCCCAGGUUGGGCAAGGUAAAAAUAAUGUCAUGAUCAUUCAUUAAAAAGUAAAAGUUC